CGUUCGAGCAAAGUAAACAAGAUACGCGAACAUAAUGGCAGGCAUUAAGCACCUGGUCAUGGCCAAGUUCAAGGAAGGCGCACCGGUGGAGCAACUGGUGCUAGACUUGAAGAAACUUGCCUCAGAGAUGGACAUCGUCAAGUCCUUCGAAUGGGGAGAGGACGUGAUGAAAGACGAGAGGUACAACCAUGGAUUCACGCAUGUGUUCAUCUUGACGUUUGACAGCACCGAGGACGUGGCGGAGUACAUGAAGCAUCCAGGACACGUCGAGUACGGCAAGAAGUUUCGCGCGGCAGUUGAGAAGAUCUUGGCAGUGGAUUUUCCGGUUGUCGUCGAGAAGACUGCAAUUGCUUGAUAUUUUAAGCCGAUGAAUGGAGGUUUCAGAAUAAUGGAUCUGAUUAAUGAAUAAGUCGCAGAGAGAAGGUUAAUGAAUCAAUGCAUGCAUGUAUGGAUGAUAACCUUUCUUUAAUUUUAUGUGUCUCUGCCAUACUUGGAUUUUAUGUACAAUUUAGUUUUUUUUCAUCAGAUAUCGUGACAAGAUUGUAGGAUAUAAUAAAAAAUAGAGCUAACCAUAAAAUGAGGUGUAAAUUAAGGUAGAUUUGUAUA